AUUAUAAAACUUAAUCCAAUUUUUUUAUCUUUCAUGCUUUCCAUUUGCAUCCCAUCUCUCUCCACUUUUCCAAAAAUGUUAAGGUGGACUGAAAUUUUCCGUUCAAGUGAAUCCGAACCCGACAAUGACAAUCUGACCGGAUGCUACGAGUGUACUCAGGCUGGUGGUCCGAUUUUUCACUCCACAAGCUGUGAAGCGGACCACCAGCCCGAGUGGGAGGCUUUGGCCGGUUCAUCUCUAGUCCCGAUUCAAAACCGGUCCGAUUACAAUCCACAAACGAGCCGGCAGACUGUGGGACGAUUCGGUUCUGUUUUGGACCCGCGUAGCGCAAGCGUGCGGGUGUGGAACCGGGUGGUUUUUAUGGCACGUGGCAUCGCAUUGGCCGUUGAUCCUCUGUUCUUUUUCGCAGUAGCGAUCAGUUUAGGGUGUGAAAGGCCGUGCGUUUAUAUGGACGGUCGGAUGGCUGCAAUCGUGGCCGUUGUUCGCACGUGUGUAGACGCAGUUCAGUUGUGCCACCUGUGCAUUCAGUUUCGGUUGGCGUACGUGUCGAGAGAGUCGUUGGGGGUUGGGUGUGGGAAGCUCGUGUGGGGCGCACGUGCGAUCGCCUACAAUUACCUCCGGUCGCUUAAGGCCUUCUGGUUCGACGCCUUUGUUAUAGUUCCCCUGCCUCAGGUUGUGUAUUUGCUAGUGGCACCAAAACUACUAAGAGAAGAGAGAGUACAGUUGAUGUUGACAAUACUUCAACUAAUUUUCAUGUUGCAGUUCCUCCCAAAGGUGUAUCAUAGUUUUUCUCUGAUGUAAAGAAUGAGGAAGGUCACUGGCUACAUCUUUGGCUCCAUUUGGUGGGGUUUUGGCCUUAAUCUCAUUGCCUACUUCCUUGCCUCCCAUGUAUCUCUCUCUCUCUCUCUCUCU